UAUAAUGAAAAUGAAUUUAAUAUGAACUAUAAAAUAUACAACUAGUUGUACAUCAUAUAUUAGACUGUACAUCGAAGACCUUUUAUGAGCGCUCACGCCAUUUUUAUUUAUAUGUGGUGGGGGGUAACAAAGUGUGCAACAUUGUAUAUGGGAUUUAUAAUUAUCAAAAAAUUGAUCUUGGAAUGGAACUUGAUUAUGCGAUGUAAUUGUAAUAUAAAUUGUGAUUAUACAUAAGAUAAAAUUAUAUUAUCACCAAGCAUAUAAAGUUAUUAAUGCAAUUGCUGGACCUUCGUAUUAUUGGUGUUAACUACAGAUUUUUCUACAAUUACAAUUCGGGUAAAAUGGAUUAUCGUCAGAAGAUUGUUAUACCAAACAAUACUCAACAAAAUACAAAAAAUGAUGAUGAAGAUGAUGAAGAUUUAGAAGCAUUGCGACUUGCAGCUCUUCAAUCAUUAAGAACGAAAGACACUGUGCAUAAUAAAAAACAGCCCCCACCACAGAAGAAUAUUUCAGAUAUAAUACAUAUAUCUCAUUCAUCUUAUAAAGGCCAACGACCUUUAAGAAGAGGAUAUUUCCAUAAUCGAAUACAACAGCGGCAAAAUGGCAAUUUAUAUUAUCAAAGUCCACGUAAUCCAAAUCUGAUAGCAAUUGUUCCUGUAGAUGAACGUUCUGUGCUACAGCAAAGUGAUUUAACUUGUUCGGUAGAGAAAACUGCUUCAAAUAUAGACUCUUAUUCUGCAGAAGUAUCAAAAUUUCAUCGGUUCAAAGAUAAUGGAAGUGGUUCAGAUGAAGAAGAUAACAAAGAACAGAAAACUAUAAUUACAAAAUCAGAAGAUAUUAAAAAAGAUGGGAUAGAUGAUAAAACAUCUAUGAUAAAUGAAAAUCAAACAGAAAUUAUAGAAAACUCGAAAAAAAUUGAAGAAGAUCAAGAAGUUAAUGAUGAUGAUGAUGAUAUCAUUAUAAUGGCUGAUCUUGAAGAAGAAGAUAGUUUAGAACGCUUAAUGGAUGAAAUGGAAAGAGAAAUGAAUGUUGAUAAACCGUCCGAGAGAAAAGAGAAGAAAGGUAAUAAAAGAGAAAAUAGAGAAUCUAUGAAAAAGGAUGAGGCAAACAAGAAUAUGAAAAAUAAAAUAGAUGAUAAUAACACUCGAAAAGAGAGAUAUAGUCCAGCACCAGCAACAAUCAUUUUAAAAAAUGAAAGACGGUCUAUAUCUCCCCAUAUUAUCAAUCGAAUUUCACAAAAGCGUAGAUCAUUAUCACCAAGAUCACGAUCAAGAAAAAAAUCACCAAGGAGAUCUCCUAGAAGAUCACCCAUUCGACAAUCAAAAAAGUCUCAACGAGAAAUAACAAGGUAUAGAUCACCUAGAAAGUCUCCCGUACGUUAUUCUCCACGAUCACGAUCACCUAAACUUUCGUCACGUUCGAGAUCACCACGAUUAUCACCACGUAGAUCUCCAAAUAAAUCUCCAAUAAGAAGAUCGCCUAUUAAGAGAUUGUCUCCAAGAGGACGUUCUCCAAAACUUUCUCCGCAUUCCAGAUCUCCUAAACUAAUACGAUCGCCUAAAACAUCUAUGAUGAAAUCUCCAAGACUGGCAAGAUCACGUUCUCCAAAAUUUUCACCACUUAGAUUAUCUCCUCAAUCUAGGUCACCGUUAAGAUCAAGAUCACCUAAGUUAUCUCCAAGACGAAUAUCACCUAUGCGUAGGUCAUCACCUAAAUUAAAAUCUCCCGGAUUAUCUCCUCGAAGAGGAUUAUCACGUAUAAUGUCACCAAAAAUAUCGCCGCGAAGGAUGUCACCAAGAUCAAGAUCACCGAAAUUAUCGCCACGUAGAUCACCAUGGUCAUCACCUAGAAAUUCUCCUCGAAUGUCUCCUAGACGAAAAAGAUCUCCCAGAUGGUCACCUAAAGAAUUAUCUCGAAAACAUGGACCUCGAUCUAUUUCUCCAGAUGGAACAUGUAGUCCAUCAUAUACAAAAAAUUUAUCGCCAAUAAUUAAAAAUAGAAUAUCUCCAGAAACGAAUCGUGUGAAAGCAAAGCAAAAAGAAGAAAAUUUGGAAUCUACUAUAACAGAAAAAGAAAUUGAUGAUAUUAUUAAUGAUCCUGUAUUAGAAGCCAGACGAAGAAAGUUUGAAUCUACAAGGCCUAUAGAUCCAAUAAAUGCAAAUAAAAAAAUUAAAUUAAAUAAAAAAGAAAAUAUAAAUAAAAAGAUAGAGUCUUUAGAGGGCGGAGAUAUUCAAUCAAAUAUAAGAAAGAUUAAUAAAAUUACAGAAGAUUAUGAUAUUCAAGAAACAGAUUUAUGUUUAGAUACUCAUUAUGAGUUUGAAGAAUUUGAACAAAAUAUGGAAAAUGCUUCUCCUAUCGCUAUAAGUUCUGUUAAUUCAUGUAUAGAUUUAGAAAUUCAAAAUCCAGAAAAAGAAAGAUCAAAAAAAAAGAAAAAACGUGAUAAAGAAUUGUAUCAAGUAGGAAAAUUAAAGAAUGAACUUCCCCUUUCUGAACGUAUUGGGAAGGAUAAAAAGUGUAAAAAACGCAAAGAUGUUAUUUCGGACGGAUCCAGUGAAGAUAUGGACGCUAUUUUCGAAGAUUUAGUAGUUGAUAAAGAAAGUGAUUUACGAACUGAGUUAAGUAGAAGACGCGCAGAAAGAUUAAAUAGGACAGUGCCAAUUCAAUCUGCAAGAUUAGUGCAAUCUGCUUUUAAAGGAGUUGUUAAUGAAGUUGUCAAGAGCAAUGCGAAAGUAAAUCAAAGACAUUUAGUUAAGACAGAUGAAAAAACUAAUCAAAAAGAA